AUGAGCAUCGGCAGAACGAUGGAUCGAGCGGCUUCGAUUGCAGUUGUGACGAUACUAAUCAUAAUGGCCGUUAUCGGUGCUGCCAAAGACAAGAGACAAGAGACAAGAGACAAGAGACAAGAGACAAGAGACAAGAGACAAGAGACAAGAGACAAGAGACAAGAGACAAGAGACAAGAGACAAGAGACAAGAGACAAGAGACAAGAGACAAGAGACAAGAGACAAGAGACAAGAGACAAGAGACAAGAGACAAGAGACAAGAGACAAGAGACAAGAGACAAGAGACAAGAGACAAGAGACAAGAGACAAGAGACAAGAGACAAGAGACAAGAGACAAGAGACAAGAGACAAGAGACAAGAGACAAGAGACAAGAGACAAGAGACAAGAGACAAGAGACAAGAGACAAGAGACAAGAGACAAGAGACAAGAGACAAGAGACAAGAGACAAGAGACAAGAGACAAGAGACAAGAGACAAGAGACAAGAGACAAGAGACAAGAGACAAGAGACAAGAGACAAGAGACAAGAGACAAGAGACAAGAGACAAGAGACAAGAGACGAGAGGCAAGAGACAAGAGACGAGAGGAAAGAGACAAGAGACAAGAGCACAACAGUGCAAGAGACUAG